UGAAUACAGCGAUUUUUCCCGCGCUUUUUGCUGCCAUAUUGAUUCCUAAUACUCUCGGCGUCCGUCAGAUGGCGCUCCAAAAAUUGAGGAAGUUUGAAGAGAUGAAAUGCUGUUGUGCCGUUUGAAUAGGCUAUAAAUGCUUCAGUAUCAAUUUUUCUUUCAGAAAUAUGCGAUAUCAAAUCGAGCAUAAUGGCGUCUACAAAUGAAUUUGGUCCGGAUUCUGGCGGUAGAGUAAAGGGAGUUACUAUUGUCAAACCUAUAAUUUAUGGUAAUGUCGCACGUUAUUUUGACAAAAAGAGGGAGGAAGAUGGUCAUACGCAUCAAUGGACUGUGUAUGUUAAGCCGUAUCACAAUGAGGAUAUGUCUGCUUACGUGAAGAAGGUGCAUUUUAAACUGCACGAGAGUUACAAUAAUCCUAAUCGAAUUGUGACCAAACCACCGUUUGAAUUGACAGAAACUGGCUGGGGAGAAUUUGAGAUAGUCAUUAAAAUUUAUUUUCAUGAUCCGAAUGAACGUCCUGUAACGAUAUAUCAUGUGCUGAAAUUGUUCCAAUCAACACCUGAGAUACAGUUGGGGAAGGAGAGUCUAGUCUCUGAAUUUUACGAGGAAAUAGUCUUUCAAGAUCCAACAGCAUUGAUGCAACAUUUGUUGAAUUCCAGUAGACCUAUGACUCUUGGUGUUUGGCGACAUAAUACAGACUUCGAAGUGAAGAAAGAAUCUACAAUGAAAGACAUUCUGGAGGCACGCAACAAGAUACGAUUGGAAGUGAUAGAUCUCAAGGAAAAACUGACAUUGGCAAAAGAAACUAUUGCAAAAUUCAAAGAAGAGAUUUCAAAGAUUUCCAAAGCCGGUGGAAGUUUAUCUGUGACUUAAUGUCGUUUCAAAAUUAAAAUCAAGCAAACAA